GUGGAUGGGCUGUACAAGAUGGGUUUUGGCUUUGUGGAAGUAGGGACUGUAACACCCAAGCCCCAGGAGGGGAACCCCAAACCCAGGGUCUUCCGGCUGGCAGAGGACGAGGCGGUCAUUAACAGGUACGGAUUCAACAGCCACGGCCACGAUGCAGUGGAGCGCAGGCUGCGGGCCCGCCAGGAGACCCAGCUCAGGCUCACUGGUGCGGGGAUGCCCCUUGGAGUCAACCUGGGCAAGAACAAGAGCUCUACCGAUGCUGCAGCUGACUAUGUGGCUGGGGUCCGGACGCUGGGCCCUUUGGCUGACUACCUGGUUGUGAAUGUGUCCAGCCCAAACACCCCCGGGCUGCGGGACCUGCAGGGCAAGGCUGAGCUGCGGGACCUGCUGACCAAGGUGCUGGUGGAGAGGGACAGGCUGCCCUUCGAGCGCAAGCCAGCCCUGCUGGUGAAGAUUGCCCCCGACCUCACCACGCAGGACAAGCAGGACAUCGCUAGCAUCAUCUGUGAGCUAGGUGUGGACGGGCUGAUUGUCAGCAACACCACCGUGAGCCGCCCCAGCAGCCUCCGAAGCAGUCAGCGCACGGAGCCAGGGGGCCUCAGCGGGAAGCCCCUGCGGGAGCUCUCCACACAGACCAUCAGGGAGAUGUACGCCCUCACCCAAGGCCAGGUGCCCAUCAUCGGGGUGGGUGGGGUGAGCAGCGGGCGCGAUGCCCUGGAGAAGAUCCGCGCUGGAGCCUCGCUUGUGCAGAUGUACACGGCGCUCGUGUAUCAUGGGCCACCGGUGGUGGGGGCCGUGAAGCGGGAACUGGAGGAGCUGCUGAGACCUGCAGUGCUGCUGAUCGCUGGCCUGGCCUGGACUGUGCUGGAGACUGCGACUGCCAGCGAGUGGAGCUGUGCAAAGCCUGCGGAGAUUGAACACGGCUACGUGGAGCACUUGGUGAAGUACCACUGUGACCCAUACUACCAGCUGCGUGGCUCUGGUGAUGGCACGUACAAGUGUGAUGAGGAUCACGCGUGGGUGAGCCCUGAAGAUGGCAAGGAGGCACCUGUCUGCGAGCCAGUGUGUGGAAAGCCGAAGAACCCCCCCAGGCAGAUGCAGCGCAUCAUCGGGGGCCUGCUGGCUGGGAAGGGCAGUUUCCCUUGGCAGGGCCGGCUGGGGACCCGCCACAACCUCAGCGUGGGGGCCACGCUCAUUGGUGACCAGUGGGUGCUGACCACGGGCAAGAACGUCUACCUGAACCACACUGAGAACACCAAGCCGGAGGAGAUCGCCCCUACACUGCAGCUCUUCCUGGGCAGCCAGGAGCAGCCUGCCUUGGGCAUCGAGCGCGUGGUGCUGCACCCCAGCUACCCCGAGGCUGUGGAUCUGGCCCUGCUGAAGCUCAAGCAGAAGGUGCCCCUGGGAGAGGAGGUGAUGCCCAUCUGCCUGCCCCAGAAGGACUACGUGCGCCCGGGGCGGGUGGGUUACGUCUCAGGCUGGGGCUCCGGUGCCACCUUUGCCACUCCCAAGAUGCUGAAGUACGUGAUGCUGCCGGUGGCAGAGGGUGAGAAGUGUAGGCAGUACUACAAAGCGCGCAAUGAGUCCUACUGGGUCCAGCCCAUCCUCAGCAACGACACCUUCUGCGUGGGCAUGAGCGAGCUGCGGGAGGACACGUGCUACGGGGACGCCGGCGGCGCGUUCGCCGUGCAGGACUCGAGUGACGACACCUGGUACGUAGCCGGCAUCCUCAGCUACGACAAGACCUGCACGGCCUCCAAAUACAGCGUAUACGUGGAUGUGCAGCGUGUCCUGCGGUCGGAUCCCUGCCGGGGGGAGCGAGGGUGA